AUGAUCUGGUUCACAACGAGAAGGGAUCAUCUUGACGAUGGCAUCCCUCCCAGCAGGGCGCCAUCUGUCAACUUCAAUUUCCUAUUCAACAACACCCUCAGGAUGGGAUUUGGAAUGCAGCUCAUCGGUUUUGUAGGCAUGAAUCUCGUCUACUUUGCAUACAGUGGUAAAGGGCUGUUUACAUAUGAUCUAGCUGGUCUACCAGAAACUAGCAGACUUGAUGAAGGAUUCCGUGCUCAUAUUACUACGUUCUCAAUGAUUUAUAUGUUAGGGUCGCUCAGCUUGAUGUGCUUCCAAGUACUUCUUGCCGACGACACUUGCUGGGCUAGGGGUUAUCGAUCAGGAUCUAAGAUUCUGAGAUUGGCUACUUUCCUAGACACUAUAAGCUCGACUAUGCAGUUUAUAUUCUACUUAUACAUUGCCAAGUUCUACACUCAAAGGUGGUUCGUUCAUCUUAACGAAGGAAGCUCGGAACUAGUCUUCUUCGUAUUCACGCGCAUCACUCACGCAUUUGCCUGCUUCUUAUACGGACUGGCCUGCUACCUUCUGGAAGUAUACCACGAUGAAGGUGCUGGAGACCUACACGCAUACCUUAACGGAGUGUGCUUCGUCCUAACUGGCUGUGCCGAACUUAUGGUGCUUGUCUUCCAGAAGGGCAUGCUGGCCACGCCAUUAUUAUUGAUUACUCUUGCAGCAGCAACAUUGUGGGCUGUUUACUUCGAACCGGAGGUCACUUUCGUAUCACCUGCUCUCCAGGAGACCGAACUUACCAACGAUGUCGAACACCAAGUAGAAAAAUUCACCCGCCUUACCCCCAGCAGCCAAAUCCAGCUUUACUAA